AUGUUUGGGAUCCAGGAGAGCAUCCAGAGGAGCGGCAGUAGCCUGAAGGAGGAGCCGCUGGGAGGCAUGAACGCUGUCCGGAGCUGGAUGCAGGGGGGCGGCGUGCUGGACGCCAACACCGCUGCCCAAAGUGGAGUGGGUCUGGCCCGGGCUCACUUUGAGAAACAGCCGCCCUCCAACCUGCGGAAGUCCAACUUUUUCCACUUCGUCCUGGCUCUGUACGACCGCCAGGGUCAGCCCGUGGAGAUCGAGAGGACCAACUUCGUGGGCUUCAUUGAGAAAGAGAAGGAAACAAGUGGAGAGAAGACCAAUAACGGCAUUCAUUACCGGCUGCAGCUCCUUUACAGUAACGGCAUCAGAACAGAGCAAGACUUUUACGUGCGCCUCAUAGACUCCAUGACUAAACAGCCGAUUGUGUAUGAAGGUCAAGACAAGAACCCAGAGAUGUGCAGAGUGCUGCUAACGCAUGAGAUCAUGUGCAGUCGGUGCUGUGACAAGAAGAGCUGCGGAAACCGUAAUGAGACGCCAUCAGACCCUGUUAUCAUCGACAGAUUCUUCCUGAAGUUUUUCCUCAAGUGCAACCAGAACUGUCUGAAGAAUGCAGGAAAUCCACGAGACAUGAGGAGGUUCCAGGUGGUCGUAUCAACUACGGUGAGCGUGGACGGACAUGUCCUGUCAGUCUCUGACAACAUGUUUGUCCAUAACAACUCCAAACAUGGCCGACGGGCCCGCAGGCUUGACCCCGUGGAAGGAACGGCAUCUUACCUCGAACACGGGGCAGCUCCCUGCAUUAAAGCUAUCAGUCCAAGUGAGGGUUGGACUACAGGGGGUGCUACAGUCAUCAUCAUAGGAGACAACUUUUUUGACGGCCUCCAAGUCAUCUUUGGUACCAUGCUGGUUUGGAGUGAGUUGAUCACACCACAUGCAAUCCGGGUCCAAACGCCCCCUAGACACAUCCCUGGGGUUGUUGAGGUCACUUUGUCUUACAAGUCCAAACAGUUCUGCAAAGGCACACCAGGAAGGUUCAUAUACACAGCCUUGAAUGAGCCAACUAUAGACUAUGGUUUCCAGAGGCUGCAGAAGGUCAUACCUCGGCACCCCGGGGACCCUGAGAGGCUGCCAAAGGAGGUGAUUUUGAAGCGAGCGGCUGACCUGGUAGAAGCCCUGUACGGUUUGCCACAUAAUAACCAGGAGAUCAUUCUAAAGCGAGCAGCGGACAUCGCAGAAGCUCUCUACAGUGUUCCGCGAGGACACACCCAGCUCUCUGGCUCCACCCACACCGGUAUGAUGGGCGUCAACUCCUUCACAGGGCAGCUGUCCGUCAAUGUCUCUGAGCCAUCACAAGCCAAUCAGGGUUUCGUGCGCAGCAGCAGUAGCGUGUCUCCUCAUGGUUACGUGCCGAGCUCCACGCCUCAGCAGACCAGUUACACCUCAGUCACCAGCACCAUGAACGGCUAUGCCAACAACACCGGCAUGACCAAUCUGGGAGGCUCGCCCACUUUCCUCAACGGCUCUGCAGCCAACUCGCCUUACGCAAUUGUCCCAUCCAGUCCCACUAUGGCCUCCUCUACUUCUCUUCCCUCCAACUGCUCCUCCUCUUCAGGCGUCUUCUCCUUCUCUCCGGCCAAUAUGGUGUCAGCGGCUGUUAAGCAGAAGUCUGCCUUCGCUCCAGUGGUCAGGCCCUCAUCCUCUCCUCCGCCCUCCUGCACCAGUGCCAAUGGCAACGGGCUCCAAGAUCAAACAUUUGUGGACUCUAGCAAGUACUCGACAGCCAGCUCUCUACAAGGCCUGGCCUUCACCUGAAUAAUCCCAGGAAUGCUGGUCCCACCCAUGUAAAGGUGCGAGUGCAUGAGCGCGUGAUGAUGACGAACAAAGCACACUCACAUCGAUCCCCAGCAGAGGAUUAUGGUGGGAGUUCGACUCUGGUCAGGGAUGGAAGCAGCUGUCCCGAUCUGAAAUAACUCAACUCAGGCCCUUUGUAACACAAAAGAACUGCAAGACAGCAAAUGGAAAAAAAAAAAAAAAAAAAAAAAAAAAAAAAAU